AAUGAUUAAGUAAUAAGAGUGAAUGAGUGGAAGUUCAUGAGAUAUUACAAAAGAAGGCUUUUGAAUGAUACAUGAGCUUCCUUGUGAAGACAGCUUCUUUAAUCAAAUUGGCAUGUGAAUGCCAUUAAUCAACAAUAUACUCUUAUUUGAACUAUAGACCACACCGCUCUCAUUCAUUCAAUUCACAGUUUUCUACUAACUCGGUGUUCACAAUUUAUCUUCAAAACAAAGAAAAAUGGAAAAAGUAAAUGAAAAGCCAGAUCCUACCUCAAAGUUUUGAUCCUUCAGCGCCUUCUUCAUGCUUUCAAAAUGAAGGAGUUGUCCUUCUUUCUUUUCAAGAACUCUCUGGCUGCAAAGAUGAGGAAGGGCAUCAGAACUUUCUGCAAUGGCGAUGGUUCUACCUCCACUCUCAACCAACACAAAGCCAACCAAGAUCACUUCCCUAUCUCGCCCGACGUGCGCUGCAGAAAAAACCCGCCAACCUUGGAGGAGAUGAUUUUACAGUUGGAGCUAGAGGAGGAGACGGCGAGAAGAGCAAAACUAUACAACUAUGAUGAGAUGCGAGGGAGGAUGUCGUGUGUAAACAACUCGGAUAUCUUGCGAUCUGCACGGAACGCCUUGAAUCAGUAUCCUCGGUUUUCGCUUGAUGGAAAGGAUGCGAUGUAUCGAUCUUCCUUUAGGAACUUGGACGCUGCUGGGCGGAAAUCAGUCUGCUGUGAGUAUGCUCUCAAAGGGAGAAUUCAUGAGAAUGAGUUCAACUUGACGUUGGAGACAGCCUUACGGUUGCCAUCAACGAUAGCAGGGGAGAGUGUCGUGUGGCGCAAACCAGGAGUGGUGGCCAAGUUGAUGGGUCUCGAGGCAAUCCCGAUGCCAGUGAAUGCUAAAGGUGGCAAGGCAAAGUUAAGCUCUAUUUUGAAGAGACAUAAUCUAAGGAGGAGAGCUAAGAGGCACGAAAAGGAGAGAAGAUUUGGCAUGGACUAUCCUGGUUCUGAUGGUACUAUAACAGGCAGGUUAAGUUCUUGCAGUUCAAACAAUGGGUGCUAUGUCGUGAAGCCAAUUGCAACAGAAUCCGCAGCAUGGAAAGCCAGGCAAUUUCUUUAAGUCUUCAUGAACUUCAUUUUUCCAGCCGCUAAGUUGAGAUCGGGUCUUGCUCUAGCCAUAAUAGAAGAAGUUCUUGAGGCAUU